UCUCUCUCCUCAAAACAUCACAUCCAACCGCAAAGCACUCAUCCACAUACCAUUUGCACUCUGCACAACUCGAAUAUCAUCACAUCCCCAACAGCAAUAACCCAACAUCAACACAACACUCACCAACUCUUGCUCCACCAAGACAACAUGAAGGCGACCGUUGCUCUUCUCGCCCUGGCAGUCGGCUCACAGGCUCUCGUGGCCCGUACAGAAAGCUGCUGCACCUCUAUCACCGCCUAUGGCGGACCUGGCGGCCUAGUUGGGCAACUCAGUGACGGUCAGAACCGCAUCGGAGACCACAGCUUGCCCACCGGACAGUACUGCCUCGGUGCCGACGGAGGCUUCGUGGAUGGCCAAGGCCGUGGCUGCAUCUUCACCCCGCCCACUACCCAGUACCAAUGCGACACUGGAGCGAAUGCUACCACCGGCUUCUCGAUCAGCUGCAACGGAACCAUCUCGUACCAUGGACAGGACACCUUCUGGGCCUGUCCCACCGGCCAAAACGGCGGCUACAACAUCUACGAGGAGCCCAUCAAGAACGAGCCUGGCUGUGUGGCCAUCUGGCUGGAAGCCGACAGCUGUCACGCUGAAUGCCCGGCUCCCCCGCCAGCCACCACCCCAACACCAACACCUACACCGGCAGCAUGCCCUGCUGAGCUGACCGGAAGCUGGCAAUUCCCGCACCUCAUCGUCACGGUCAACUCUGCCGAGCCCGACAAGGCCUAUGGCACUCAGUUCAACGGCACGGCUUCGGGCACGAUCUCAACGAUCUUCAACUUCGACAUCCCCGCUUCCUACGCCGGCAAAGAAUGCUCGAUUGAGUUCCUCUUCCCGACACAGGACCAGCUCGAGACGUCUGCCUACACGUACUCCCCAGGCAUGUUCAACUUUGCCUUCCUCAAGGGUGCAGCUACUGAGGAGACUACCUCCGCCAAUGCCCCCGAAGUCGUCUACAACUUCGGCAACUUCGAGCUCAAGCCAGGCACCGCGACGCAUAUCGGACAAUGCCCGAACGGCUGUGCAGCUGGGGAGAAGAUUGCCUUCUCGAUGUCGGCAGUUGGAGCAGCGUCUCUGAACUACUUUCAGGACUACAACCCCUGCCCCAUUGGCGCGUACGUCACUGCCCAGUGAUUGUGACCAUACAAGUCUGGGCCGGGCUUCCAUGGCGAAGGAGGCAUGCGGAUGUGGAGGGUGAAGAGAGUGAAACGAAGCAAGCAUGACAUUCUCUUGAUGCUGCGGCUUUUGAGCUUACUGUGAUUGCUUUUAUGAUGCACGAUAGUGUAUGCAGACGGCAACUUGGUAGUAUUGGAAUGCGAGUUCCGGCCACGUGUCUGCUUCUGUUGCCAUUUCGUUGCCAUUCCGUCUGCGAGC